AUGGACGGGUUUGCCGGCUUCUAUAGCCAGUCCUAUCCGGGUGCGGAUCCGAACGAGGCGUUGAAUGGAUACUCGCAGGAUGACUCUAUGGGUGGAAUUGAUCCCAGCGCCAUGGACACCUCGAGUUUGGGGCAGGCUCAGAGCCUGCACCAGAUAAUCAAUCAAAACAAUGAACAAUUGAUGCGCCGGAGGAGCAACUUCUCACCGCACUUUCGCCAUGGUUCACACGAUCACGGCCGGAGAGCGUCUAUGCUCGAGUUUUCUUCCAACUUGGAUAGCGACCUGGCCGAUUUCCAGUUUGAUCCGAACCCGAAUGAGCCGACAAUGAACAUGGAACCUGCCGACAUGAUGCCGAUGCAAAAGUCACUAGAUCCACGGAAGGUCCGCUCAAGAGAAGACUUGUCGUUAAAUACCCAAUUUUCGCGAAUGCAUACAAGUUUCGAUAACAUGCAGGCCGUCAACAACUUCUCUCCUGUUGUUCUACCCAGCACUUCCGCCCCUAUGGAGCAAUCUAGCGCGUACAUGCCCCCAGAUUUGGAUAUGGCAAUGGAUUUUGACCCUAUGUUGCGAGGCGCCAAUGCUUCGGCGAUGCAGGAGCCCAUGUUCACAGCCUCACCUAUGGACCAGGGUUAUGCUAUGUCUUAUCAGGCGGUCAAUCAUGAUCCGGGCGGCGGCUCUUCGAUGAGCCCGCAAGUGCAGAGUCGGAUGGCGACCAUGGCUCAAGACAUGUCCUCCAUGCCUGAUUCGUACUCGAACCCUUCGCAACACCUGCGCGGGCCGGCUCCUCUCAACACCUCGGUUUCUCUAGCAGGAGGACCCUCCUCCGUAAUGGCUUCUCCGGCACAUAUCCAGCACCCACCUAACAGACGGUCAUCAGUUGACCUGCAUGCUCCCUAUCCCGGUAAAAGUAAUAAGAAUGUUACACCCGAUCCGAGAGCGAUGAAUCCCCCGAGCCUCCCUCAUAUGCCGCCAGUUCAGGGUGGCCAGAUGCCGCCUCCAAAGUACGCCAAUGCCUAUUCCUCCAGUGGUUUCGACAUGCUUGGCGUUCUCAUGCGAGUUGCAACAAGACCACGACCGGAAAUCAAUAUUGGGCCAGUCGACUUGUCCUGCGCCUUCGUCGUCUGCGAUAUAGAGAAAUUCGAUCUGCCCAUUGUCUACUGUUCGGAGAUGUUCGAACGACUGACAGGCUAUAACAAACACGAGAUUCUGGGCCGCAAUUGCCGCUUCUUGCAAGCACCAGACGGUAAAGUGCAAUCCGGAGUCAAACGGAAAUAUGUCGACGAUAACUCAAUUCUUUACCUGAAGAAUCAGAUCACCAAGCGCGCGGAAGCACAGUUAAGUCUGAUCAACUAUCGAAAAGGAGGACAGCCAUUCAUGAACCUCCUGACCAUGAUCCCGAUCCAAUUCGAUUCGGAGGACUACAAGUUCUACGUUGGUUUCCAGGUUGAUCUGGUUGAGCAGCCAAGUUCAGUGUCUGGGAGGAACCCAGACGGGACGUACGAAAUCAACUACAAUCGAAGCUCGCUCCCUGCCUACCAGCUCCCUGCUCCGCAUGACUCCAACCAAGUCCACGAAAUAGGUGAAACAAUAUCUCGGGAUGAAGUCUCCAAGGUUCUGGCCACUAUCGGACGUGGUGACUCAGACGGCUCCAAACGGAUAUGGGACAAGAUGUUACUGGAGAACACUGACGACGUCGUGCACGUCCUCUCGAUCAAAGGGCUGUUCCUCUACCUAUCACCCGCCAGCCGAAGAGUCCUGGAAUACGACCCGAGUGAACUUAUUGGAGUGGGUUUGUCGUCAAUAUGCCAUCCCAGCGACAUCGUCCCCGUCACUCGAGAACUGAAAGACUCUUCGAGUGGAGCGCCUGUCAGCAUCGUGUACCGGAUACGGAGGAAAUUUUCCGGCUUCACCUGGUUUGAGGCUCAUGGUGCCCUGCACGUUGAGCAAGGGAAGGGUAAGAAAUGCAUUAUCCUGGUCGGCCGGGAGAGACCAGUCUACGCUCUGGAUCGCAUGGACCUCAAAACCGACAGUAACCCGGGUGAGAGUGAGCUAUGGUCCAAGAUAUCUACGUCAGGGAUGUUUCUGCAUGUGUCAUCCACCUCUCGUGUCAUGUUGGACCGUCUUCCCGAAGAUCUAGUCGGAACAAGCAUGCAGUCACUGAUGAGACCGGACUCAAAGAAAGAGUUUUUGCGCAUGCUCGAGACAGCAAGAACGGGAGAGAAGGUGUCUUUCAGGCACGAUCUUCAGAAUCGACGUGGUCAAGUCCUUCACGCGCAGACUACUAUCUAUCCUGGUGAUGCUCGGCCAGGGUUCAAGCCGACUUUUCUGCUAUCGCAAACGCGGCUACUUAAAAUGACGCGCGCUACACUCCUGAAUCAGAAAUCGAUAUCAGCGGCAUCGGUGGGUUCGGGAACUCCGGCGACACAUGGGUCCGGGCAAUCAUCCGUUAACAUGCCGAACGGUUCUACACGCUCUCUUGCUUCCAAGGGCAAUCCGUCGGAUCAUAGUGGGACUUUGACUCAAGCAGGCAGUCAUGCGCUCAGCUUGGGCAACCAGGAUGAAGCCCUCGCAUCCGAGGACAAUAUUUUCGACGAGUUGAAGACGACUCGGAGCUCCAGUUGGCAGUUCGAACUCCGGCAGAUGGAACGUCAAAAUCGAAUCUUGGCUGAGGAACUGCAGGCUCUGCUAAGUCGGAAGAAGAAGCGUAAGAGGAGGAAAGGUCUCGGCCAGAUGGAAAAGGAUUGUGCCAACUGCCACACUAGAGUUACACCGGAGUGGAGGAGAGGUCCGAGUGGUAAUCGUGAUCUGUGUAACAGCUGUGGCCUGCGGUGGGCCAAACAGAACGGACGAGUGUCGCCUCGCAAACCCUCCAGCCAACAAAGUGACAGAGGCUCAACAUCACCCGCACAUAGCACGUCGGCCAACCAGGCGGAGGCCAAAAAGAGCGACUCAUCCGAGACACCUCGCGCAGGCACUGCCCAACAGUCAGGAAAUCCCUCGGCAAACUCUGACGUCGGAGGAAACGACAAGGAUAUCUGGAGGGGCCAACUGCCGCCCAAGAUUGACGAAGUUGAGGAGCCGCCUCAUCGCAGCAUAUUACCGACAUAG